AUGUCAUUGGACAAAGCUGUUAAGAAAAGAACCACGCUAAGAGCUAAAUCAACCAGAGCUCAGAAGACCCUCAAACCAUCCUCUGCGGCAACCGCCUCCAAAUCAGAGCAGAUACAGGAACUGAUACAGGAAGGAUUGGAGAAAGAAAAGGCUGAGAAAAAGGGAAGCAAGGCAUCAACGAAAUCAGUUUCUUUGAAGGAAAGACUUGCGAGUUUGAAGGGACACGAACAUAACGACUCUAUAUCGAAAAGUGCUAUACGAAGGAGAAAGAGAAAGGAGAAAGCCCAAUUAGCUGGGUCCAAGCUGGACGACUUACUCGUGGCAUUGCCAGAAGAGUUACCCGAAAAUCCUGAGGAUUCUAUCAGUUUUGUGGCAAACAAGCCUAAGAUCAACCACACUCCAAAUGCACACUCGUCUCAGAGAGGUGCUGCUAAGAUCGAAGCAUUUGAAAGAGGAAGGUUCCAGAACGCUUUGAAAACUCAGGGAUUUGCAAAUGGUACGUUUGCUUCGAUGAAGGAUGCCAUAAGGCAGAAUUUGAAGAAUAUGUAA